AUGAAGUUCAUUCUCCCAGCCGCCAGUCUUCUCGUCCUUGCAUCUGCAGUCGCAAUCCCGCAAGUUCCCUCGUUAGCCGAACUUGAGAAAGCCGACCCAGACGCCUUCAAAUUCUUCCGUGGACGCAGCGUCGAGGAACGCUCAACACCCACAAUCACAAAACGUAGACCAGCUCAGGUUGAAUUUUCUCCAAAAGAAACGCCAACUCCAAUCAUCGUCCCUCUAGGACCAAACGGAGAAUUGCCCCCGAACCCAGAUGGAACGCCCGCUAAGCCAGUCAAAGAUCCUGCUAAGAAAAAGAAGCCCGCUCCAGAUGGAGAGGAUCCUCCCAACAAGAAGAAGGAACCUGCUCCAGAUGGAGAGGAUCCCAACAAGAAGAAGGAGCCCGCUCCAGACGGGGAGGAUCCCAACAAGAAGAAGGAACCGGCUCCAGGCGGAGAGGACCCUGACAAGAAAAAGAAACCCGACCCAAACAAAGAGAAGCCUGCAAAACCAGACCCCGUCCAGCCAGGUCCUGAACCAACUCCAACUCCAAUCAUCGUCCCUCGAACCAGCAGGAGAGAGCCCGCAAAACCAGACGGAAAAGGCAAAGGCACCUCCCUCUAA